AUGUCAGAAAAUUCAAAUAUACCAUCGAACAAUUUUAACACUUUAAAUGAAAGAGACGGUAAUUCUGACGCCCAAGAGCUCCAUUAUAGCGACCAUAGCCAUUCAAGGAUUAAAUAUCUCGGUGCUUUUUCAAGGCGCAAUGCCGAGGAUUGUGCGGAAGACGAAGUUAACACCAGCGAAUCCGACUCGUUGGAAGAACCAACUGGAAGUGAUGGAGGGGGCGGCACUUUUGGGGAGGAGUUUGACGUACCCUAUGAUGAAGGCUGGGCUUGGAUGAUCUCCCUUAGCUGUUUCAUUUUGUUUUUCGUCUACUUUGCAUACGAGCAGUUGAUUUCUGUUUUAUUGCUGGAAAUCUCGGAGACUCUAGACACUACAGUCCCUGUCAUCUCGGCCACGUUUUCUGUUGGAAGUUUCCUCUACUGUGUAGCUACUCAACUCUCGGCCAAUUUCUUUCUACUCCACUUCUCAAAUAGAUGCGUGGAAACAUGCGCCGCUGUUCUCAACGUCGGGGCGUCGCUCUUCUUUGUCGUCAGCCAAAAUUUGACCUCGUUUUUAAUCGCACACUUUAUCAAAAGUAUAGCAAAGGGACUGACUCUAAUUGCUACAAUAACAUUGAUUGGAUUCUACUUCAAACGACGGAGAGCUCUAGCUAUUGCUUUUGGUCUCACUGGGGGCAGUCUCGGCAUCGUAGCUGUCCCUCCCUUGGUGCGUUAUCUGCGGGAGAACUACGGGUUCCGUGGGAGCUUCUUGUUGAUAGCCGGCCUUGAGAUGCAUGGUAUCCUGGCAACCCUUCUUCUUAGACCUCUGAGCAGUUACCGGAAAAAGAAAAUUGUAAUUUCCGAACAGAGCACGCCACAAGAAAAACAAAUUUUACUUCCGUUAUCUUGUCAAGAUACUGAAAACUCAGAAAAUACUCAACAAACAGAGAACAGCAUAAAAACACAAGAUUCCUCGAUCUUGUUGGAAUGCGAACAAAUUACUCACAUAAAAACAGCGGACCAAAUUUUUAAGAAAAAAUUAUAUUCUCACCCCGUAUUGACGUGCCCAAGUGUUAUUCUUCCGCCUGAUUGUAAAGGUGAUUAUGAAAUGAAAAUAAUCGACCAACCAAAAGAUAGUGCUUUACAACCAUUGACACCUUCGGUGAUUGAAACAAAGUUUGAUAGGCCGGGGUAUAUCAGCGAAGUCCCAAAAAUACAGCCUCAAACCUAUGUUGAUAGUAAACAUAUAGAAGUAAGUGAAUGUUCAGAUAUGUUAAAAACAGAUGUUGCACCAUUCGAGAUUGAGAAAGAAAAGCUGGGCUGUCGACCUAAUGAAUCGGGAAAUUCUAACACCAAUUACGAUUCAUGUGUAAUGAAAACAGAAGUAAAUGAAACAUCUCACAAUAGUAGUACAGUAAUCUCAAUCUCUGAAAAUAAAAACGUUGUUUGCACAGAAGAAGUUCUGAAUGUUAAAGAAAUAUACACACCACCGCCAAUACAUGCGUCACUUUCUCCAAAGCACAACGAUUCCAUUUUAGAGCCACGUGUUGAGUUGACGCUGUAUAAAAUUUCACCCCAAACAGACAACACCAAAGCGAAGCAAGAAGUAAUUUCUGAAGAGCACACGUUUGAUAAUCUAAAUACAGAAAACAAACGUGUUUUCUUGUCAAGUGAAAAUUCAAACUUACAAAUACGUAGCCACAACAGUUGUUUGGUUAAAAAAUGGAAUUCGCAAAAUAAUUCAAACAAAAUAAAAAUAUCAAACCGAGAACUGGUUGAACUUCCUAUAAAACGUCUCCCUCACGGUACUUGGAGUUCCAGAGCGUCGUCUCUAGCAGACGAUCAGACGACUGAGACUGAACUUCAAAAGAGUCACAAAAAAUACAGUUGCUCGUGGCUACGGAUAAUCAUUGAUGUUUCCAUCAUCAAAAACUACCUGUGUAUACUCCUAUUUAUUAUCUAUAUUUGUUGUAAUGCUUGUAUUCUCUCCAUCAUGUACAUACCAUCUCUGGCAAUUCAGGCGGGCGUGACUCCACAAAAGGCAGCUUAUCUUCUUACCAUCGUUGGUGCCGCGGAUAUGUUUGGAAGAAUCAGUUCCGAAUUUGAACUGCUCAUUUUCUUUGCCGCCAUGCAAGGAUUUUUUUCCAGUAUAAACUCAAACUUAGACUCCAUUUUGAUUGUUGAUGUCAUGGGAAUAAAACAUUUAGCCAAAGUUCUAGCCAUGUGCAGUUUCUGUUUGAGCAUUUCACUCACUAUUCAGCAUCCUAUCCAGGGUGCUUUGAUUGCAUACACCGGAAACUUCGUGGCGACCUUUCAGUAUGUUGGUGUGCUAAAUAUAAUUGGGAGUGGUCUUCUCCUGUCAGUGCCAUUGGCCAGGAGGCUGCAGACGGCAAGAGAAGAGAGACAGCGUUUGAAAAAAGCUGCUCAAACAGACACAUCGACUUCUACAUAA